UGCCGGUGUUUACGUCCCUCUUGGAGCCGCCGACGUCAGCAACAGAAUGGUAACAUUGUGGCGUUACUGAGGCUCAGAGUUUAGAAGACGCAUCCAUCAGUCAGGCGACUCUGGGUGGUCGAGAAGAGGGGGAGGGAUAUCGGCUUGAGUGCCCAGCGGAGACUCACACACAGCUGGCCCCAGCCGCCCACCGGCCUGCUCGCCCCGCGGGACCCACGCCUUACCUUCAGAGCGCCAUAGACGCAGCACCGCGGCCUCUCACGGGGGUGGCCGGGGCGGGCUCGGGGCGCUGCCGCAGCGCCGGGCUUGUAAACAGAUCCGGCCGCACGUGACCAUGUGAACUACCUGCUCUAGGGACGCGUAUUGUCUGUCUUUCCCGCGAGCCACUCCACAAAGGAGUGUGGUGGAUCCGAGUGCGCAGGGACAGUCGAGCAAGCGAGGAGAGCUGGCCGGGACACUAAGAUGGCUGAAGGCGCCCGGCGAGGGUGAGCGGGGGGCGCGGCGCAGCCAGCCGGUGAGUCCUCAAGCGGGCAGGACCAGCGUCGCCUCUCCGGCGGCCUGGCGCCGGAGCCAUGUCGUUCGCACUGGAGGAGACGCUCGAGUCGGACUGGGUGGCUGUGCGGCCCCAUGUGUUUGAUGAGCGCGAGAAGCACAAGUUCGUGUUUAUUGUGGCCUGGAACGAGAUUGAGGGCAAGUUUGCCAUAACCUGCCACAACCGGACGGCCCAGAGGCAGAGGAGCGGCUCCCGGGAGCAGGCGGGUGCACGAGGGGGCGCUGAGACUGGCACGGCGGGGUCCGAAGGGACCCGGGGGCCAGGCAGCCCCGUGGGCAAGGGGCGGCCGGAGGCCACCGGUUCUGCGACUCUGGGGAGGAGCCCAGGGCCCCGGAGGAGCCCAGCCUGGGCGGAGGGAGGCUCUCCGCGGAGCGCGCGCAGCGUUCGGGGGGACUCACUGCUGCGGAGCUCAGCCGGCAAAGGAGCAGAGAGCCCUCUCAGGAGCCCAGUGCGGGCCAAGUCCAGCCCGGUCCGGAAGGGGUCUGAAGGCAGAGAUGUAGCGGGCACUGCCUCAGCGUCAUCCCAGCCGGUGCCCAAGGAGGCCCCGGUGUCCUCUGUGCGAGUAGUGAGUGCUUGCGGGGCGGUCUCGGAGGAGAUCGAAGUGCUGGAAAUGGUGAGGGAAGACGAGGCAUCUCCGGCCUCCCAGGCGCUUUCUGACGCCGAGCAACAGCUACCCACCGGUGAACUGGAGUCCACAGCCGAAGAGUGCAGCUGGGCCGGGCUCUUUUCCUUUCAGGAUCUGCGUGCUGUGCACCAGCAACUGUGCUCAGUGAACUCGCAGCUGGAGCCGUGCCUGCCCGUCUUUCCCGAGGAGCCUUCGGGCAUGUGGACCGUGUUGUUUGGGGGGGCCCCUGAGAUGACCGAACAGGAGAUCGACACUCUCUGUUACCAGCUCCAGGUCUACCUGGGGCACGGCCUGGACACCUGCGGUUGGAAGAUCCUCUCCCAGGUACUUUUCACUGAGACCGAUGACCCCGAGGAGUAUUACGAAAGCCUUAGCGAACUGCGGCAGAAGGGCUAUGAAGAAGUGCUUCAGCGAGCUAGGAAGCGCAUCCAGGAGCUCUUGGAUAAGCACAAGAAUACAGAGAGCAUGGUGGAGCUUCUGGACUUGUAUCAGAUGGAGGAUGAAGCCUACAGCAGCCUUGCAGAAGCCACAACUGAACUCUAUCAGUAUUUACUGCAGCCAUUCCGAGACAUGAGAGAACUUGCCAUGCUACGAAGACAGCAGAUCAAGAUUUCUAUGGAGAAUGAUUAUUUGGGUCCACGAAGAAUUGAAAGUCUACAAAAAGAAGACGCUGACUGGCAGCGGAAAGCUCACAUGGCUGUGCUCUCUAUUCAAGAUCUCACUGUCAAAUAUUUUGAAAUAACAGCUAAAGCUCAAAAAGCUGUGUAUGAUCGAAUGCGAGCAGAUCAAAAGAAAUUUGGUAAAGCAUCUUGGGCAGCAGCCGCUGAACGUAUGGAAAAACUCCAGUAUGCGGUUUCUAAGGAGACUCUGCAGAUGAUGAGGGCUAAAGAGAUCUGUUUGGAACAGAGGAAACAUGCACUAAAAGAAGAGAUGCAGAGUUUGCAGGGUGGUACAGAAGCCAUAGCCCGAUUGGAUCAGUUAGAAGCUGAUUAUUAUGACCUGCAACUUCAAUUGUACGAAGUACAGUUUGAAAUCUUGAAGUGUGAAGAGUUACUGUUGACAGCACAACUGGAAAGCAUUAAAAGACUUAUAUCAGAAAAGAGAGAUGAAGUGGUGUACUAUGACACUUACGAAAGCAUGGAGGCCAUGCUGGAGAAGGAAGAGAUGGCAGCGUCGGUGCACUUACAGAGAGAAGAGCUGCAGAAACUUCAGCAGAAAGCACGCCAGCUGGAAGCGAGACGUGGACGGGUUUCAGCCAAGAAAGCCUACCUCAGAAAUAAAAAGGAAAUUUGUAUUGCAAAACACAAUGAAAAAUUCCAGCAGCGCCUUCGGAGUGAAGAGGAAUAUAGAACCCAUCACACAGUACAACUAAAGAGAGAAAAAUUACAUGAUGAAGAAGAAAGAAAAAGUGCCUGGGUUAGCCAAGAAAGACAGAGAACUCUGGAUAGACUUCGAACUUUUAAACAGAGGUACCCAGGUCAAGUUAUACUUAAAUCAACCAGAUUGCGGCUGGCUCAUGCAAGAAGGAGGAGUGCCACCAGUCCUGUGCCCUGCGAGGACCAAUGUGACUCUGUACCAGGAGUGCUGCAGGUAGAAGAGAAAAGUGAAGAGGUAGAGGAAAGAAGAGGCAAGCUUGGGUCAUCACAGAAAACAGAAGCCCAGAGCCUCAUACAGCUUGAAGAUACUUCAUUGGUACAACUUGAAGACACUUCAUUACCUCUCAGUGGUGUUACCUCGGAACAGUCUCCCACUGUUUCUGUUUCACUUUUGAAUAAUAAUGACCUUGAACCAGGUUCUGGUACCACAGAUCCACUCCCACCACCUCUUCCUCCAACACCACCUCCCCCACCACCACCUCCUCCCCCUCCACCACCACCACCACCUCUGCCUGUUGCUAAGGACAGUAUCCCAGAGACACUGGAGAAAGGUCUGCCUAGAAUGGAGGGGACCGAGAAGAGGAUCCCUAAGUCUGCGAGUGCCCCUUCAGCACACCUCUUUGAUAGUAGCCAGCUGGUCAGUGCCAGGAAGAAGCUCAAGAAGACUGCUGAAGGUUUGCAGAGAAGGAGAGUGAGCUCACCUAUGGAUGAGGUGCUAGCUUCCUUGAAACGUGGUAGUUUUCAUCUGAAAAAGGUUGAACAGCGAACUCUGCCUCCUUUUCCUGAUGAAGAUGAUAGUAAUAAUAUCUUGGCACAAAUAAGGAAGGGGGUAAAAUUGAAGAAGGUACAGAAGGAAGUUUUGAGAGAAUCCUUCACGCUGCUGCCUGACACAGACCCAUUAACACGGAGCAUCCAUGAAGCCCUUCGAAGAAUCAAAGAAGCAUCCCCUGAGUCAGAGGAUGAAGAGGAGACUUUGCCUUGCACAGAAUGGGAAAACUAACAAGUAAAUGGUGACUCAACAGAAAGAAGAAUAUCUGCAGUUGAAGAUCGAUUCAUAUUUUGGAAAACAAAUUUUAACACUUGGGUCCACAAUUGGAUUCCAUUAGAUCCAAAGUGUAUUGGCUCCGUGGUAUGAAAAAAAGGAAGCACAAUUGGCAAGUUACCACUUUUCCAGUCAUUCCAAUAGAUGAUGGAGUAUUAGAUAUGGAUGCUCCUGACUACAGUGAAGAAAAGGCCUUUCAAGGAGAUUCUUGGGUUGUUUUUUUUAAACCACAUUCCCCUCCUGUCCACCCACUUACAUACCUGCAGUGGCCAGUACAGCUAGUGGUCACUGUGAGUUGGAAGAACACUGGUUGACAGAGGUCUACUGUGAGCUGUAUUGGGACUGCACAGAGUAGUCAGUCAUCCGCUUGAAAAUUACAGAGCUUCUUCCAUAUCAGCUUAUAUACGUAGUGUGACGCUCUGAAAAAGAAGUUCAUCUUGACAGCUAUAGGACAGCAGUUGAAAGAAAAUCAGAGAGAAAUAUAUCUGAUGAAAAUUUCCACAUUACUCAUCUCCAAAGGAAUUUUCAUAAAGAUGCUGAACAACAUCUGGAAAGAUACAACUAUGGAGAUACAUCUGUUAAUGUGUUUACCACAACAUGAUACAUUUAACAUGGCAUAUUUUUAGAAGACCACACACUCUUACACUUUGUAAGUUUUCAAAGAAAAAAUGUCUGUGCUUUUAAAUAGCUCUUCAUAAUUGUGAAUUUAUAAUAGUUUGAAUUUUAUGUGCAGCUUUGUUUAUGAGAAGCAAUAAAUAUUUCAAAUUAUUUUUAGUCUUUCUGUUUGAACUAUUGCUUGAUUACUAUAACUCAACAUGACUUUCCUAUUGAGAAUCAAAAUCACGAUUCCAUAAUAGGGAUGCAGAUCUUAAGUUUAUCGUGCACCAUUUAAGUUUUUAUGCUCCACAGUGAAAAAAUGUGUGCUCAAUGUUCAACAAAUAUGCAAAGAAACCAGAUAGUCAGAAAAGUCUCCUUAGCUGGCAUUUUACUGUCUUCACAUGCUUCGAGUGGAAUUGUGGGAGAGAGCCUUUGUCACUAAAUUUUUAAACAGUAGCUCUAGGUGCUGAUUUCGUGGUAAUGGAGUCCUGAAGGCACAGUUCUGUGAAUGGAGCCAUUAUGAAUUCUCAGCUGGACUGCUGUGGGCUUGAAUGAAGGUAGAUAUGUUGGACUCAUUUUACAGUACUUGUAGAGUGUAGUUCUUCCUAAGGCAGCUCUUGGCCUUAUGUGAAGGGAGUUAAGGACUGAAGUACCAAAAAGAACUUUUAUUUCUUAUGAGGCAAUAAUUCUCUGGCCUAGACUCAGAAAGCAGUCCCAGUGUAAAAGCCCCCAGUGAAUCGGUCUGUUGCAGGGAAAAAAAGAAAUGCAUACAUCUUUGUCAUUUUAAAGAGUUAUUUCCUUCAAAAUAAUUAUGGAGGAAAUUUUCCAGCUACAGAUUAUAUAAAACAAAGUCUUUCUGCUUAAAUGUUGGCAGUACUUUUAUUGAUAAGACUAGGAACUUUUGCACGGCAUUUUCACAAUAUGUUGGUUUAUUCUAACACUAUGCUCAUGCCUGGGAAGAUUAGAAAUACAGAUCUAAUAUAUAAAACUAAUCUUCAUCCCAUGGUGGGGAAUGGAGGUAGAUUUUUUUUUCUGUAUACCAUCAUCAGUAAAGCAUUUAAGCAUGUUUUUUAACCCAAAGAAUGGUUGGUUUGAUUGUUAAUGUAGUUGAAAAAAUGUUUAGCACAUUUGUAAACCUUAAAAAAAUCAUGUAUCAAUUUUAUGCCUUUGGAUGCUUGUUCACAACAUGUUUUGUUUUGUUUUUCCUUCAGUGACAUUUAGAAAACACUGGAUGAUAUAGUGUUAAAUUAACAGCAAAAGCACUAGAACUCUCAUGCGUCUAGAGGGAAUUGCUACCCAUUUAUUUAGUGUUACUGCUGAGAUUCCUUUAAAAGACAGGCAGGCUCACUUAUAAAAAUGCCCUGCAAUCGAUCUUCCUGAGCCGUAUUACAAUAAGUCUCUAGCAAGUAAUGUAGGGUGUGUAGACACUCCUCUAGUCCUUGUAGGGGUGUGCCCACAGCUCUUAGCGCGUCCCACUGUAGUACCUGGUGAAGGUCAUCUCACACUUGAAGAGUAGUGGGUUAGAGCACCAGCUCUGCUUAUUCUCUGGUAAACAACUUGGGCACAUUCACUUCCCUUCAAGAUUCAGAUUCCUACUUCCACAAAAUUGCAUGUUACCACAGGUCAUCAACCUUUUAGAGUUUUCACAAAUAGUAUUAAAAUUUAAAAUAACUAAGGUGGGUUAUCCAUCAAGAUGAGAUGACCAGUUGAAUCCUCAUUUUAAUUUUAAAGCAAUUUCAGAACCCAACAAGAAUUACACAGGCAUAGUUAAAUUCUUUCUUUUUUCUUGCCCCUAAUCAGAUGAGCAUCUUUGGCCUUAGUAUUGCAUUUGUAUAUAUUUAGUUAUGAUGGUACCUACAGAUGAUCACAUUACCAGUUCCAAAGUUGCCUGCACUAUUCAUAUGGUUUUAAAUAUUUGACAGUUAUAUUUCUGAUAAGGUAUCAUUUCCAUUUUAAGAAUCCACAAGCAGCUGCUUGCUUGUGCCUAAAUCCACUUAUAAGUUAAUUUACCGAUCUAGUCUCGACUGCACCAUAUUUAAAAAUAGGGAAACAAAUAGAUGAUGUUGGGAGAUGUUUUGAGAUUAAUGUUACUGCUCACUUGAAUGUCAAUUUUAAAUUUCUUCCAAUGCAACUAAAAUUAUGUGUAUAUAACCAAUGUGGCAUGUAUAAAAAAGGUAUUACUAAUGGUUUAAAAUCUUAAUGGUACUGUGGUGUAGCAGUAUGAGGAAAUGCCUGGCUAAAAAGGAUUUUUAAAAGAUAAGCAGUUGUCUUGCUUGUUUAAUGUACAGUUUAUAGGCUUACUGAGUUUGUGAGCAGCAUAAAAACAAUCGUUCCUUAAUUCUUCAUUGUGGAACUGAAACAUUUCUAUAAAAUGCAAUUUUCAAGUCCAUUUUCAGAUGGACUCUUAGACAUAGCUAUGACAGGUGAUCAGGUAUAGUAUUUCCACAGUGGGAAUGUGGGUUUUUUCUUACAUGAAACCAUAGAAAAUUUUCAGCACUUUUACGUAUAAUGAGAGGGGGAAAGUUCUUGUUUCUCCAAAGCUGAAUUUGGUGGCAAUUUCUGGUAACAUAGAGCAUGGCCACUUUUACAAAGCAUGCUUUGGCCACAGCAGACGUGAAAAAGCAAAACUCCGGUAUUAGUGAAACAGAAAUGAAUGGGGAGCAUCCUCUGUGUUUGCAUGGGACCAGUAUACAAUGAUGAAUACAAUUUAAUUUUAUACAUUCCCUAAGAAGCCAGUUUUUAAUUACACUCACUGAGUAUGUAUAUAUAUUUAAGUCAAUGCUCUUAGUCUAAGAAAAGUUUUUUCUUUCACUAAAUAUAAGGGUUUUUUAAAUCUUUAUAAUUUCAUUAUUAUGUACUUAACAUCAGAUAUCAACCUGUAAAGUACUAAUGGGUCCUUAAAGGCCUUAUCAGGGAGUUGAAAUUUCAUAUACUUCACCAGGUUACUUGUAAAAAAUCUUUUUGAACAGAUGUAAAACAUUUAAAAACUGUGUCAGACUCAUUGUUAACAUGCAGCCAUUUGAUAGUGAAAGCAGAAACCUUAAGUUUUGCCUAAUUCUUGCACUGAAUUUAAUUAAUUAAAUGUGCAUUUUAAACAGAUUUUAUUCCCCAAUUAUUGCUUUGCAUAGAAGAACUACGCUUAGUGUUAGAGGACUGACCGGCAAGAUUUAUUUCAGAGGGAAGAGAGGUAGGAAAGGAGAAGCACCUUACUGUCGGAGCAUGUUGCAUUUAUUUAGUGCUACUGACCAACACAGUAGUUAUUUCUGAACUUUGCUGCAAAGUGCUCUUUAGUUAAAGCACAUUAAAAAAAUCCCUGCUUUUAAUUGCUUUGUAAAAUGAAGCAAUGGUAUUUUUUAUCCUAUAAAUAUAGUCUAAUUUAAAAGUUUUUCCUAAAAAUGAGUUUAUAAUGCUGCCUAAACGAUCAUGUAUGUAAACAGAUUUUUUAAAGGUGAGAGGGAGUCUGUACUCUGUGUGUGCCUGUGUAUGUGUGUUAAAUGUUUGCUCAUUGAGUUAUUUCAAAGAUGUGUUCAUUCCGAAAUUUUUUCUUUGCUCACAGUAAGUGUACAGCUUGGUAUUUGAGGAAUUUAAUUGAAUUCCAAAUUUAUAAAUAUUUCUCCCCUUCUUCAUACAUUCAUUAUGACACUGUAAGGUGCAUGUACAGAAAAUACCUCUGAGAUUGACAUAUUGAAAUAUCAAUGUUAUUUCACACUGACUCUCAAAGCAAUCAUUUGUUUUGAGGGUGAGGGGAAAGUUCUUGGGCUUUUUUUUAAAAUCAGGUAUAACUAAGAGUGGCUUGUUUUGGGAAGUUAAGGAAGGACCAUGGAGAAAGUGAUAAUGUAGACAUGUACAAAAGGUAUAGGUGUUGGUUAUAGAGUUCAGUUUCAACAAGGGAAGUUUGGGGCUUGUUUUUUUUAAACUUGCAUGUUUUAUGGUUAACUAUCAAGGAGUGUAACAAGUUAUUCUAGCUUUUCCCAAUACUAAUUAUAUUGGUUUUAAGUAUCCAUACAAUCACAAGGUGGCAUUUUCCCUGGCGAACCAAAAGGAGUAGACAAUAACAACCCAUACAGUGACUUCAACUUGAGCAGACUCCCCUCUGUCUCAUUGAUUCUCUCCUUUGUACUGUAUGUAUUGCCAAUGUUGAAACCAUAAUAUAUAGUUUAUAAAAAAUUGAAGGCCACACAUCAUUUUGCAUGAAUAAAGCCCAUUAGGGCUAAUGAAACUGAUAUGUUUUUUAUCCUUUCUGGACAAAUGAAAAUUUUAAUGGCAAACCAGUUCUAGCUUUGUGCAAUAUUACAAUGGUAGAAGCAAAACACUAGCACAUUGUGCUUGGCUUUCAAGGAUGGCUUUAACACUGUUACAGUACAUGGGCAGUGUGCAAAGUGUAUUGUAAAUGCCAACUUUUGCAAAUUUACAAUACUUAAAUAUGCUCAGUUAACAUUCUGAAGUAUUAAAAAUUCAAAGAAAAAACUAAGCAAGCAUUUAUAGCAAUACUCUGAUAUCUCCAAUAAUUGUUUUGACUGUUGCCUUUUGCUCUUUAGUGCAACUUUUCUGCAUUGUAAUUAUCAUAUUGCUUUGUAUUUCAUGUUUUUUUACACUCGUGACUUCAGAGUUAAGUACUUGUACACCAAGUAUUGCAAUCAUCUUUCUCUUCCUGUACAUGCUAUGUAACAACAUCCAGUUUUGGUGCUUAACAAUAUUCUGGUUUUUCUUUAAUAAAAGAUAUUUAUUGAGUUAA